GAUUGCAAAAGAGUUUAUCUCAACGCCGGAUCCAACGACUUAGUCUGCUCUAUUUCUGCGAGCUCAAAGUACCUCUGUCUGCCAAGUACCAAAAAUGGAGACCAGGCUCAAGCACCUUAGUCAAAAGUUUUCUGCUUUGGAUGACGUUGGAAUAAUGGAUGAUGAAAGCGACUGGGAUGGUGAGUACUUUCCUAGUGGUUAUAGGUCGGAAGAUCUGUAUGGAAAUCUAUCCUUAGACGUGAAUAUGGUAGACAGUAGCGUGUUGCUAGAGACUUCCUCUUGCGUUUCAAUGUCGACCGAAGAGAACGAAGAAGUCAGCGAUAUUAGCAACGACGACAUGGACAAGGUGGAUAAGAGCUUUAUCGAAAAGCUUGAGGUCAGGGCUCUGAUGGCUCUUCCAAUCCACGACUUCAUUAAAAUGAAGCCCAUCCAGUCCAUAAUAGACAGCCUUACACAGCCACAGCUAGUAGAUAUGGCUAGGAAGCUCUUAGAGCUUGAUAAAUUCUAGGUCCAGCAGCACAGAAUCACAACAUACAGGAUAACAUACGGCCACCCUUCAUCAGAAGUGAAGGAUGCUAUUCAAAGGCACCUUGUGAAAGAGCCACCAUGUCCUGUUGACGAGGUGGUUACCAGCAUUCCUACAUUAGAUUGCAUUGACAAUAAUC